GAUUUCAAACAAGAUCAACUCUAGCCGCGUACACAGCGCAGCGGGCUCGUAGAUGCCACCGACAACUGCCUUUGCCAAAUAUCCUUUUGCUUAGUCAGACGGACAUGGACACAAGACUUGAUGAUAUUAGAGAACACCGCGAAAUUGAUAUCUAAAGUUUUACGUAACCUGUGUGAUAAUUGCUGUAGCUAAAAGGUUGUGAAGCUGAGCAGUGCAGUGAAUGUGUGUGAUAAGCCUUUUCGGGGCCAGUGCUGUGGGUGAAAAAGGAUUGAACGGCAAACAUGACGGAGUUUUUCGGACCAUGGGACGACAAGCCCGACGAAGACGGGGAGGUAGUGGAAACGGUGGAAACCGUGGAGACCGUUACCACGACCACUACAAAGACACGAUACCCAUCCAAGUCGUCAUCGACAAAGACGACGACAAUGACGACGCCAGCCAAGCUGUACGGACGAGAGCUGUCCACGUACGACGAGGUGGACGUCGACGAGCUCCUGUCCAAGUUGACACAGGAGGAACUUACCAUGUUGGCGAAGGAAGUUGAUCCAGACGACACCUUUCUGCCGCCGUCACAGCGUAACAAUUACGAUUGCGAAAAGGACCCAACGGGUCCCCUCAACCGCAAGAAGUUGAUCGAGCACAUCAACAAACAGGCGUUAGAGACGCCCGACCGGCCGGAGGUGAAGCCCUAUGUAGCCGGUGUCAUACGUGGCAAGAAGUGGAUCCCACCGCCGCCGCCAGAGAAGGUUCGCGAUGCGGAAGAACAAAUUUCAAUAGACCUUGGUGAUGAGUAUGAGCAAGCUCUGGGCACCGCCACACAGGAGGAAAUCAUCGAUCUCGCUGCUAUUCUUGGAUUCCACUCGAUGAUGAAUCAGGACCAGUACCACGCCUCGCUCUUAAACAAAGGCCAACCAGUCGGCCUCGGCUGGGACGGCAUCACAAAAGCGACCAAACCUAAAGUAUACCCCAUGGAUCCCCCUAAUGACACAGACCCAGAUGACACAAUCAAGAGAGUACAAGACAACGACCAGAAACUGACUGACAUAAAUUGGAAUAAUAUUAAGAAUAUAAGCGAUGAGAAGUUCGAGAAAUUAUUCGAGGCCCUGAAGACCAAUACCCACGUGGAGGUGGUAUCGUUGGUGAACGUGGGCCUCCACGACCGCACCGCGGCGCAGCUGGCGGCCGCGCUCGAGGUCAACUCCACACUCAGGGUGGUCAACGUGGAGACCAACUUCAUCAGCCCCGCGGGGGUCGUGCAGCUUGUGCGCGCUCUGCUACCAACCACCAGUGUCGAGGAGUUCCGCGCCUCCAAUCAGAGGUCACAAGUCCUGGGCAACAAGAUCGAAAUGGAGAUCACCGCGCUGGUGGAGCAAAAUCCCACGUUGCUGCGACUGGGCCUUCACCUGGAGUACUCGGACGCGCGCCACCGCGUCGCCAGCCAUCUGCAACGCAACAUCGACAGAAAUUGCCGAAUACAAAAGCGAGCUAGCGCAUCACUAAGCUUGCGGUUGCCCCGCGGCCGACCGCCGGCCGUUGGGGUUGACAGUAGCUUCUUCAACCUUACGCCACCUAGUGCCGAGGCAGUCACACCAACGAAAGACGAGCAAAAGGCCAUAACAGAUAAGCCGGUGACAAAUGAAAAUGUCGAGAAAUCGGUGACGAUUGAAGCUUCAGAGAGCCCGGUCGUAAACAAGAUGGUAGGCGAAAAAAUAAUACCAAUCGAUGUUGAUCAACCGAGUGAAACAGAUAACCAAGUAUCCAAUGUAGAAACAUCGAGUGAUACUAGUAAAUCACUAUCACAACAACAAUUAAUACCAGAAAGCACGGAAAUGUCGGUUCCGGGUAAUGUUCAACCGGGUGAUGCUGACAAAUCUGAGACGCAGCCACAGGAGGAUGUACAGAGGCUACGCGACCCAUUCGUCCUUGCUGAGAGACCAGAUAUAAACCCCAAUCCCCACUCCCGAGAGGGGAGCGUAGAACCGAAUCAUAUAUUGUAGAACGGCCAUGAACAUCGGUAAAAAUCCAGUUUUCUUAGCUCGAGUGCUUUACUAAAGGCCGUUGAUUAUUGACAGUUACCAUUUUGCGGGUCGUGACGUCUUUUUCACAGGCUUUACGCUAAUCAAGAUUUGAGCUUGAUAGGCCUUCGAUUAGCUGUGGGGUCCCAAUUGUGACAGGAUAGACACGUUUGGUUUGUGGCAUUCCCCCAAUGGUGUUAACAAGGCAGACAGUGUUAAAAACCGUAAUGGUGCGAAAACACCGUUAUCAUUUGCAGAGGGGCACUAACGUACGCAUGCGUGUGGAAACUAACUCGAAUGUCGAAUGAACGUGUGUACUAAAUGCCAAUAGGCACCAAACAUAAUUUUAAGCAUGACCUCUGUUAUAAAUCCUAUAUUUUUAAUGAAAUAAAUUUGAUAUUUAUCAAUUAAUAUUGUAUCCGAUUCCUUAAGAAUGCGAAUCCAAUUUUUUUUUUCCUAUUUGAACCCAAAUAAUACUGGCAUUCACAAUAUUGAUGUAAAAAAGUAUAAAAAGUUCUAUAAUUAU